AAGAAAGCAGUCUGCUAUCUCCAACUGCAAACAACGUAAAGGCUUGAGAUUCUUCCAAAAGGUCAGGUCAAAGACCACGUGACACAAUACCCCCUGCACCUCGAAUCUCAGACCUCAGAGUUCUACCGCCACCAACUUCCACACGCAUUCAAUCUUCCUCUCCAACCAAUUCGCCCAUCAUAACGCACCAUGCCUCCCUCACGCUCCCUCUUCCCCUUCCGACCGACCUUCCGUCCCACAUCUACCUCGCAACUCCCUCAAACAUGCCUCCUCCGAAAAACCUUCACCCCAACCUCCGUAUCAACCUUACCCCACAAACCCGCACCCUUCAGCUCCUCAUCAAAACUACUAGCACGGAAAGGCAAAGGCGACAAGAGCGACCCUAGGAUAACCUCAAUCCGCUACCACCUCUCGCACGCCCUAACCCCCCGCCCGCUGCGCCUCUCGCGUCUCCGCGCGCUCCGCCACUGGACCAUCCACCGCGCGUGGCAGCUGCACCGGUCCAAGCAGCGCGCGGCCGCCGAGCUGAGCCUCGAAAAACAGUACGCCUCCAUGCGCGCGGCGUGCGAAGCGCUGCGGCUCAUUGACGAGAACGGGAUGACGGGGAGGAACGUGGGGCGGCUGUAUCGCGCGGCGAUGGAUAAGACGGGGGUGUGGGAUGGCGUGCCGAUUGAGUAUGCACGGUGCCAGACGGAUUUCCCGGCGCGGGAGGGGUGGAAUCAUGGGUGGACGAGGUGA